AUGCACACCACGUCACAGCAGCACUCUUCUGGUCCUGAUCGUCUUCUCCGCAGCAGAAGCGGAAGCAGUACUUCUCCGGCGAUGAACAACUUGUUAUACACUCCGAGCGCCAGCCAGAGAUUCACCACUCCACGGUCGAAGUCCACCGCCAAAUCCAGAACCAAUUACAGAGAUGAGGAGAAAACGGUAAUUUCGAGCAUGAAAAAGAUGGGACAAGAGAAUAGAGAAGGUAAUACUCAGCAUGUUACUUUUGCUAGCCCUAAGUUGAUGCAACGCGGGAACACUAGCCCUAGUCCGAGUCCACGCCCUAGCUCAACAAAGGGGAGGAAGUCGUCGACGUCUCCUUCGGCUUGGGCGUUAUCUCCCGGAAGGUCUUUGCCGUUCGCGGUGGGGCCGGAGGCGACUGCGGCGGCAGUAGUGGCUUCUCCGAGACCGAGGGUGAAGUCCAGUGGGGGUGGAGUUGGUGGGGUGUUGAAGUAUUUUAGGCUGCAGAAGAAAGGGUCGAGUAUACAAGAAGAGGAGUAUCAUCAGUUUCGGGUUUUGCAUAAUAGGUUGCUCCAAUGGAGGUUUGCCAAUGCUAGGGCAAGGGCUGCCAUGGUCGCAUCACACAAAGUUGCACGGGAUAGAAUGUUCAGCGUGUGGCUUAGAAUUUCCAAAAUGAGAAACUAUGUUUUAGAUAAGCAACUACAAGUGGAGAAGCUCAAGCAUCAGAUGAAGAUUUAUCAAAUUGUGAACUCUCAAAUUUCUCUACUGAAUGAAUGGGGAAAAUUGGAGAAGAAAAAUAUAGAAUCUGUGAGCAGGAUCGUGAGGAAGUUAUCUGGAAUUUCAAACACAAUUCCUUUGGUAAAUGACGCUAAGGGAGAUGCGGCGUCUAUACAUGAAGCAAUGAUCACAGCCAUGGAUGUCAUGGCUGGUAUUCAACCAACGGUCACCAAAUUACUCCCACAGCUCGAAAAGCUACUUUACAUGGUUACGGAGCUUCUAAUCAUGCAGAAGCAGCAAAGGGAACUGGAGAAGUAUAUGACAUCGGUCGUUGGUCUUAUGGUUUUAAAGCUCUUGAUGACAAUCAAAGUGCCUAGCAUAUCCUCCUUUAUGCCUGAUUCUUCAAAUCAUCGAAGACUUGAGGUUCUAUUAAUUACUCCCAUUGUCAUGGAGUGGGGUGAGAUAAACUGGAAUUCUAAUUGA